AUGAAACAGACCCGCCGUACCUUUAUCGCCACCGGUGCCGCCGCGACCGCCGCGCUGGGCAUGCCGACCAUCCUGCGCGCGCAGCCGUCCGAAUAUGUCAUCGGCGCCUCGCUGCCGCUGACCGGCCCGUUCGCCACCGCGGGCCAACUGGUCGCGCCGGCCUUCACCCUCGCCCAGAAGCUGAUCAAUGAUGAGGGCGGCAUCGGCGGCACGCCGAUCCGCUUCGUCACCGAGGAUUCGGGCUAUAUCCCGCAAAACGCGCUGGCCAACUAUCAGCGCGCGCUCGCAACAGAAGGCGAUGCGCUGGUCGCCUAUUUCGGCGACUCGACCGGCUUCAUGAAACUGGUCGCGCCCGAACUGACCGGCGACCAGGCCCGGCUGAUGGGCUCGACCUCGUUUGCCUCCGAACUCGCCAACCCGGCCACCAACCCCUACCAGUACCUCGCCGGGCCGUCCUAUCAGGACCAGUUCGACAUCCUGUUGCAGAACAUCAAGGAUGCCGGUGGCUCGAACGUCGCCUUCAUCUUCUCGAACACCGAGUUCGGCCGCGAUCCGAUCGAGCAUGGCAAGAUGCGCGCCGAGGAACUGGGCAUCGAAGUGGUUCUGGAAGAAUCGACCAAGCCGCAGGGCGCGGACAUUCCGACCCAUGUGACCAAGCUGGCCCAGUCGGGCGCCGAAUAUGCGAUCCUUCAGGGCUAUGUGACCGGCGUCUGGCCGCAACUGAUCGGCGGCGCCCGCCAGUUCGGCCUGCCCACCCAGUUCAUGGGAACCUUCUGGGGCAUGGAAAAGCUGAUCGCCGACCGCGUGACCGCCGAGGCCGGCCCGUUCCUCGAUGGCUAUCAGGGCGUCAUGCCCUAUCGCUAUUUCUACGACCGCGAGGACGCGCCGCGUUACCAGCUGUUCGCCGAAGCCGCCAAGGAGAUGUUCGCCGGCACGCCGCUCGAAAACUACAUGUCGACCUGGACGCUGCAGACCAUGUGCGCGCUCGAAAUCGCCAUAAAGGCGCUGCGCGACACGGUCGAAGGCGGCAAGGAACCGACGCCGGACAACCUCGCCGAGGCCCUGUCGGGGAUCACCGAUUGGGAUACGGGCGGUUUCUUCGGCGGCCCCGUAUCGAUGGUCGACAACAAGAUCGGCACCGGCCGGGUGUACCAGUAUUCGACGGAGUCGGGCCUGUUCACGCCGACAUCCGACUGGUUCACGGUCUGA